AUGAUGAAAGCAAUAAAUUUUCAACAACAAGGAUGUCAACACAAGAGCUUUUUCUUCAUCGUGGCAUCCAUCGAGGAAGAUAUGGAAAGCCUGAGGGCGCGCCUUCGCAGCCCCAUCGGAACCGAACCGGUGAACCAGUACCUGAGCGAUGACUUCCUCGGCAGCAUGGAGACUCUGCCAGACCUUGGGCUACAGGAGCCCGGGCGGUGCUCGGCAGGGAAGCUGCUUGACACGCAACAGACAAGCAGCACUGCCAGCUGGCAGGAUGAGACUGACCGGCCGCGGCUGCCCUCUCCUCUCAACCUGGACUUCCCAGACUUCUCAGACAUUCUCGGCUUGGAGAGCGCGGGCGACAGCGCAGCCACGCGCUACAAUGCGCGAGAUCACUCGCCACAGGGAACUCGCUAUUAUGAGUCACGCGAGGCCGCGCAUUACUCACCCCUGCUCGCUCACCCCGUCACACCUGUCGUGGCGGCGCGGAGUCCGGAAAUGACUCACUCGCCGAUGGUUGCCGAGCGGCCGGCGUACGAUGCGCGGCACAGCCAGACGGACUUUGCCACCAUCUACGCCUUCCUAGGGAGCCUCUUUGACCCGGUGUGCGCGCAGAUCAACCACUGGGACGUGCUGGCUCAGAUGGCGCCGGUCGACCGUGAGACUGCGUGCCUGCUCAUGCACAACUUGGCCGCCAAUCUUGGCGACUCGGCCGCGGUGGCCGCCCACCCGCAUUCUGCCGGGGAGGUGAAUCCCCCGGCGCCCCCGCUGCGGGGGGCGGACCACCCGGUCUAUGGGUUCCCCCCUGCCACACAUGUGCCACCUGGCAGCCGACAUGUAUGUACUAUUGUGGCUCUUGACCUUGAGAACGUGUAG